AUGCAGAGGUACCUGGGGAAAGGUAACGUUGGCUACGUUUCUGAAUGUAGGAGGGAGGACACCAACGCAACGGUUGCUCUGAAAAUCUCCUCAGGCCCGAGGCAAAUUCGAGGAGCGAAGUACGAGGAGAUCAACCUGCGGAAACUUAAAGAGCUCAACGCAGACCAGUUCAACAUCGUGAAGUGGAUCGGGUCCUUCACCUUUGAGGAAUUUUACUGUCUCGAGUUCGAGAAGCUGGACAUUAACCUUUCGCAAUUCAUCGAGCGGACUCGGGCCGAAUCUCUGAAUUUGAAGCAAAUUCGGCCAAUUCUGCAUCAGCUUGCCACAUCCUUGAACUUUCUCAAGAGCGAAGGCAUCACUCACGCAGAUAUAAAGCCCCAAAAUAUCGUGAUGGUGGAUCAGGUCAAUGAGCCGCUGAGGGUGAAGGUCAUCGACUUUGGCCUAGCCCUGGACGAUCCAGCAAAAUAUCUUGGUGCUACCAUCCAGUGCCUAUCAUACAGAUGUCCUGAGAUCUUGCUGGGAGCCCCAUUCAACGAGGCCGUAGAUGUGUGGUCACUUGGCUGCACUGCUGCAGAAAUGUUUAGGGGCAAAAAAUUGUUCAACCCCUGGAACCCGUCCGAUCUGAUGCAUGAAACCUCCGGGAAAGAUGGCGAUGCUGGUGAAUCUGACCUGGCAAACUUCAUCAACCUGUUGACACAGAUGCUCAAGGUGGAUCCCUCUGAGAGAAUCACCCCCCGAGGAAUCCUAGAGCAUCCAUUCCUUACAAUGAGCCACCUUCAGGGCGAGUUCAAAAACAGCUCCUAUGUGGAGUCCUCCAAGGAGAUGAUGAACGUUUGCCAGGAACGGAGCUCUCCCAGUGGGGAAGAUGCAGCAAAGACCACCCCGGAAACAUCCCUAAAUGAGGGGACCUCCACCAGGGCCAUCAACCCACCCCAGAAGCACUGCCCUGCUGGUGUGAGUGCUGAGGAGCCGUCUGCCUCACAGGCCUCCACCGACACUAAGGCAAAAAAGAUGAAAAGGAACGAGAGUGGCGACAGCCCAGAUGUGAAGUCCUGCAUGGACAAGAUGAACGUUGGCCAGGAACAGAGCUCUCCCAGUGGGGAAGAUUCAGCAAAGAGGGCUACCAACCCAGCCAAGAGGCACCGCACUGUGUGA